AUGGAGCCAUCCGCCGUUUCAUCGUGUCCCCGUGUAAACGGCAUUCACAACUCGACUCACUCGUAAGUUGGCGACCGUUGAAUACAUAACAUGUGACAAAUCAUCAAAUAUCGCGUCAUUUCAGAGAGAGAAGACAAGAUGUCCUGCUUCGGAUCGACCCCCACAUUGCCUAUGCUUCCCCAAACCGGGCCGAAUUCGAGGAGCUUCCAGAGAACUUCUUGGAGACCGUUAGCCCCCAGCAAUCUAAUCAGUCCAACGACUUUAAUCAUGCGGAACUCCAACGGACUCCUUCCACCGAACUCCAUUCCGAACACAGGUGAGAGCGUCCUUUUUUUAUAUUUUUCUGUCUAGGUACUCAAACGGCUCUUCGGGGUUGCUGUCCCCCAUUCCACGCGACUCUGUUCUGCGAAAUUCUGGUAUGAUUCGUCCUCUUCAAUACAUCAAGGAGGAGUCCCCACCAGCGAUCAAUUAUAACUCGAAUGAGUGUGAAACUGUAUAUUUGAAUAGCUACGAUCACACGUUGGAUCCCUUAGAUUCCAGUGAUCAAGAAGCCCAAUCACCGAUAAACAACGAAAUUUCGUCGGGGUUGGGCAAUAUUUCCAGCUUGGACCGAGGAUCUUCACCGCCCGCAAAUAGUCGGCAUACGCCUCUAACUACGAAGAGGAUACGAACUCAAACGAGACCAAGAACCCCACCAAUGGAGCCUCCAAAAAAGAGUAAGUAUAAAACACCCUAAAAUAAAAUGUUUAACCAUAUGACUCUUACAGAUAAAACGACAAGUUAUUCAACCAGUGACCCCUCUGAUCCUCUAAAUGCCGAGAUAGAUGACGAAAUAUACAUUGACACCCGAGAUCUAUGCAAACGAGUCGCAUACGAGCUUAAACAACAUUCCAUUCCCCAGGCCAUAUUUGCUGAGCGAGUAUUAUGUAGAAGCCAAGGGACCUUGUCCGACCUUUUACGGAAUCCAAAGCCUUGGAAUCGUCUGAAAUCAGGUCGAGAGACCUUUAGAAGGAUGUACAAUUGGAUUCAACAGCCUUUACACAGCAGAUUGGGCAUACUGGACAUGUGCAAAGGUAAUCAUUACACAUUUGAUGACAAUGUUUUAGGUAGCUCAAGUAACUCUGGAUCAGUUUCGCCUUCCUUUUCUCACACUCCAUCCUCAACCAAAGCAAGAAGUCGUCCAACUUCAUCAAGCGAAGACAUCUCUCACUCAAGUAAACGCCCUCGUCUUGUAUUCACCGAUAUCCAAAAAAGAACUCUCCAAGCAAUUUUCAAAGAAACUCAACGACCAAGCAGAGAAAUGCAACAAACCAUCGCUGAUCAUCUUAAACUUGACAUGUCUACUGUCUCCAAUUUUUUCAUGAAUGCAAGGAGACGCUCGAGGAAUGGAAAUACGACCGGAGAUGAGCCCGCCCCAUAUCAACAAGUAAGUCAUACCACAAUUUAGAAGUAGAAUUAACUCUUCAUAAAUAAUUAUUCGGGAUUUCAGAUCAAGCAAAUAACCCCACCUCCAGACCCUGAAGACCUUGUCAGAAAAUUGAACAGCCGACCUGUGAUCAAAUCUUUGGAUAUUAGAGUUAGUAAUCCCGUCGUAACUACAGCAAAUUCAGAAGGAAAAACAAAUCCAAGGAAAAGAGAUGAGGUGAAGGUGGUAAGUAAACUAAAUUCUGUUAUAGUAAUUUUUUCAAUAAUUAUUAUUGUACAGGGAACUGACUUCCUGUUUUGAUUAAUUUCUCCGUCAAUACUAAAUCAAUCUUUUCUGAAUUUUUGGGUUAAUAAAAAAAAAUUGCGACCCGCAAUUUUUACCCUGCCGAAUUUCAAGAUUUGAAAUCAAAAAUACAUUUACAGUCACUUCCGCUCUAGAGGGCCUCCUAGAUUUUGAGGCCUUCCAUUUGGGACAGAUUUCAUUUAGGGCUUCUCAUUUGGGGCAGAUGGGGUAAUAGCCUAAUGUGUAUAGCAAAUGUUGCAAAAUUCUUUGACCAGUCAGCCAAUGAGGUGAAAUUAGGCUAGCCAAAAAACCUGGAUCGGCUAGCUAAAGUGAUAAAAUCCUUUUUGGCUAACUGAUCCAGCUUUUUGGCUAGCCAUUAAAAAUCUAGUUGUGAGUUCAUCUCAUGGGCUGACUGGUCAAAGAAAGAAUUUUGCAACGUUUGCUCUACAUAUUGGGCCAUUCAUUACCCGAUCCGCCCCAAAUGAGGGGUAGCCUAUUUUUGGACCGCGAAACCGGUAAAAUGUAAAGAAAAUUGUUGGAAUGAUUUUCAAUUGACUUUGGACUUGCAAAAUUUAUAGCUUUUUUGGUGAAAUCUUGGAGUAAAACGUCGCUUACGUUCUCUUGAAACUUGUUUCAACCAGGUUGAAAUCUAACAGCGUUGCUUGCAUUACGAUUAAGGCAUAGACUUUCAGAAAAAGAGAUUUCUAGAAGAUUGAAAAGGUCCACAUCAAUAGUUCUACCGGGUCGGGCCUUGUGCGUCUUGAGGCUCGGAACCCAGUCCGAUUCAAGUUUAACCAUGGCCACGAUCCGCAAUUCUUGCGUUUUCAGGAUGUUUGCUCCUCUAUUCAAUCGAAACAGCAAAAAAAAUUCCAAUUCCGAGAAAGUCAAUUGAGAACCAUUUCAAAAAUUUUCUUAAAGUUUUGCCGGUUUCGCAGUCUAAAAAUCAAUCUCAAAGUCUCGGUCUGGAAAGUGCAUUGUUGAUCUAAAUAUUCGAAUUUGGCAGGAUAAAAAAGGCGGGUUCGAGUAGCCCACUCUGUAUUGUAAAGUGAUAUUGCUUUAGAAGGUGGAAUACGAAGUGAAAACUGAAACCCCGACCGAUGACUGA